AUGGCGCGUUGCCACGAGUGCCCUCUGCGAUUGGAGAAAAGUUUUGUUUUGGAUGGGGUGGCCGUGGGCACCAUGGCCCGCGCCUACAGCCUCACCAGGCCCAAGUUGUGGUCAGCAAUUCCACCCUACAACGCACAGCAGGACUACCACACUCACCGGUACUUUCGGAGCCAUGUGGUCCCGUCCAUUUUGCGGAAAACUGAUCAGGAUCAUGGUGGUACAGGAAGGGAUGGCUGGAUAGUAGAUUAUUACCACAUUUUCGGGCAAGGACAGAGAUACCUCAACAGGAGAAACUGGGCAGGGGCAGGGCAUUCCCUCCAGCAGGUGACCGGGCAUGACUACUACAAUACCAAUCUGAAGCUGAUGACUACUGGGUUAAAUGGCCGAUUCGGCUACCGCCGGAACACCCCAGCCCUCCGCCAGCGCACGUCUGUGUUUGGAGAAGUCACCCCAUUCCCCCUUUUCUGA